GAGCCAGGCUGUGGAGGACCGGCCCGGCUGCCCCCACGCCUGCUGCGCCGCGUCUGUCCUCCCCGCCGCCGCGUCCCCCCCCGCCGAACCCCCAACAUGAUCGCCGCGCAGCUCCUGGCUUACUACUUCACGGAGCUGAAGGAUGACCAAGUCAAAAAGAUUGACAAGUACCUGUACGCCAUGCGGCUCUCCGAUGAAACUCUCAUAGAUAUUCUGACUCGCUUCAAGAAGGAGAUGAAGAACGGCCUCUCCCGGGAUUAUAAUCCCACAGCCACGGUCAAAAUGUUGCCGACCUUUGUAAGGUCCAUUCCUGAUGGUUCUGAAAAGGGGGAUUUCAUUGCCCUGGAUCUGGGUGGAUCUUCCUUUCGGAUUCUGCGGGUGCAAGUGAAUCAUGAGAAGAGACAAAAUGUCCACAUGGAGUCCGAGGCCUAUGAGACCCCAGAGAACAUCGUGCAUGGCAGCGGGAGCCAGCUUUUUGACCAUGUCGCUGAAUGCCUGGGGGACUUCAUGGAGAAAAAGAAUAUCAAAGACAAGAAAUUACCUGUGGGAUUCACGUUUUCUUUCCCGUGCCGACAAUCCAAAAUAGAUGAGGCCAUCCUGAUCACGUGGACGAAGCGGUUCAAAGCCAGCGGCGUGGAAGGUGCCGAUGUGGUCAAACUGCUGGAGAAAGCCAUCAAGAAACGAGGGGACUACGAUGCCAACAUUGUAGCUGUGGUCAACGACACAGUGGGGACCAUGAUGACCUGUGGCUAUGACGACCAGCAGUGUGAAGUCGGCCUGAUCAUUGGCACUGGCACCAACGCUUGCUACAUGGAGGAACUGAGGUACAUCGACCUGGUGGAGGGCGACGAGGGGCGGAUGUGCAUCAACACGGAGUGGGGGGCCUUCGGGGACGACGGCGCCCUGGAAGACAUCCGCACCGAGUUUGACAGGGAGCUGGACCGAGGAUCCCUCAACCCUGGAAAGCAGCUAUUCGAGAAGAUGGUCAGCGGCCUCUACCUGGGGGAGCUGGUCCGACUCAUCCUGGUCAAGAUGGCCAAGGAGGGCCUCUUAUUUGAAGGGCGGAUCACCCCCGAGCUGCUCACUCGGGGAAAGUUCAACACCAGUGAUGUGUCUGCCAUCGAAAAGAAUAAGGAAGGCAUCCACAAUGCCAAAGAAAUCCUGACCCGCCUGGGAGUGGAGCCGUCCGAUGACGACUGUAUUUCGGUCCAGCACGUAUGCACCAUCGUCUCCUUUCGCUCGGCCAACCUGGUGGCUGCCACGCUGGGUGCCAUCUUGAACCGCCUGAGAGAUAACAAGGGCACGCCCAGGCUGCGGACCACGGUUGGUGUGGACGGCUCUCUUUACAAGACGCACCCACAGUACUCCCGGCGUUUCCACAAAACCCUCAGGCGCCUGGUGCCCGACUCGGACGUGCGCUUCCUCCUCUCCGAGAGCGGCAGCGGCAAGGGGGCGGCCAUGGUGACCGCGGUGGCCUACCGGCUGGCCGAGCAGCACAGGCAGAUCGAGGAGACCCUGGCCCACUUCCGCCUCAGCCAUCAGACACUACUGGAGGUGAAGAGGAAGAUGCGCGCCGAGAUGGAGGCCGGGCUGGGGAAGAAGACGCAUGACCAGGCUGUGGUCAAGAUGCUUCCCUCUUUUGUCCAGAGCACCCCCGAUGGCACUGAACAUGGUGACUUCUUGGCGCUCGAUCUUGGUGGAACCAAUUUCCGUGUCCUGCUGGUGAAAAUUCGCAGCGGGAAGAAGAGAACGGUAGAAAUGCACAACAAGAUCUACGCCAUUCCCAUCGAAAUCAUGCAGGGUACCGGGGAAGAGCUCUUUGAUCACAUCGUCUCCUGCAUCUCCGACUUCCUGGACUACAUGGGCAUCAAAGGCCCCCGGAUGCCUCUGGGAUUCACCUUCUCGUUUCCCUGCAAGCAGACGAGCCUGGAUGCGGGAAUCCUGGUCACCUGGACAAAGGGAUUUAAGGCCACUGACUGCGUGGGUCAUGAUGUCGCUACUUUACUAAGGGAUGCUGUAAAAAGGAGAGAGGAAUUUGACUUGGAUGUGGUGGCCGUGGUCAACGACACGGUGGGCACCAUGAUGACGUGUGCUUAUGAGGAGCCCACCUGUGAGAUUGGACUUAUCGUUGGUACUGGCUGCAAUGCCUGCUACAUGGAAGAGAUGAAGAACGUGGAGUUGCUGGAGGGGGAAAAGGGGCAAAUGUGCAUCAACAUGGAGUGGGGCGCCUUCGGGGACAACGGCAGUCUGGAUGACAUCAGAACGGAGUAUGACCAACUGGUGGACGAGUAUUCUAUGAACCGUGGGAAGCAAAGGUACGAGAAGAUGAUCAGUGGUAUGUACCUUGGGGAGAUCGUCCGCAACAUUUUGAUCGACUUCACCAAGAAAGGGUUCCUCUUCCGGGGUCAGAUAUCCGAGCCGCUGAAGACCCGGGGCAUCUUCGAGACCAAGUUUCUCUCUCAGAUCGAGAGCGACCGAUUAGCGCUGCUCCAGGUCCGGACCAUCCUCCAGCAGCUGGGGCUGAACAGCACGUGCGACGACAGCAUCCUCGUGAAGACGGUGUGCGGCGUCGUGUCCCGGCGGGCCGCGCAGCUGUGCGGCGCGGGCAUGGCCGCCGUGGUGGACAAGAUCCGAGAGAACCGAGGGCUGGACCACCUGAACGUGACCGUGGGGGUGGACGGGACACUCUACAAGCUGCACCCGCACUUCUCCAGAAUCAUGCACCAAACCGUGAAGGAACUGUCACCAAAGUGUAACGUGUCCUUCCUUCUGUCUGAAGAUGGCAGCGGCAAGGGGGCCGCCCUCAUCACAGCCGUGGGCGUAAAGCAGCGAGGAGAAAUGAGCUAAGAGGCAGGACCCCCAGCCCGCCACCUUUCCAGCACUCCUCUCGAAAAGCGAUGAUCCCCUGUUCCGCCCAGCGAGCUGCUCCGCUGGGACCCCCGGCGCUGGAACCCGCCACUCCACAGCGGGAGGAAGAGAAUCCAGCCAAAGGCGUAACGUAGGGUACCACAUAGAGCGCGUGCUGUUGAUAGUCUCUCGCCCGGACCCCCCCCCCCCGCCCACCCCGCCACUCUGCAUGAUUUGAAUUCGACCCGGCUGUGCAUUGCCCACGCGUGAAGUAUAGCGGCACCCAACGUCUGCCACAGGUGCCUAGCCAGAUGAAAAGUUGCCCCUUCCCCAUUGGACCUGCCUUCUGGGCCUCCCAAGCCCGUCCUUGGGGUCACCUCCCCUGUGUGAAGUGUGUCAUCAUCACCAGCAGACACUGCCGGACUCCCCCUCCCAGGGGCAUGGCCUGAAAGGCGAGUGUGGACGUAGCGUUACUGCUUCCUACCUUCCUGGCACCCACCACAGCCUGCCAUCCCACCCGGGGGCAUCAGUGCCACUGAAGUGUGUGUCCGUGGAACCCGUCCUAGCCGUGUUGUGGUGGUCUUGCCUUCUGUUUGUCUCGUGGUGGUGGUGGUGGUGGUGGGGUCCUGUCGAAAAGUGUCUCGUCGUCAUCUGGGUAAAAGGAGCCAAUCCGCAAAUCAUGCCAUCACUGAAAUGUCCCAUCGCUUUUGUGAGCCAUGUUGUAUGACUAGUAAACUUUGUACCGAUUUACAGGCCCAAGUGAUGCUUCCUAGCUGGGGAGAGGGGAGGAGGUCUUGGGAUGUGGUGGGAAGGAGACGCUGGGUACUUUUUAGGGCCUCCUGAUUGGGGGGAGAAAUGAUAAUAUAAAGGUCUUGGUUAACUGGGCGUGGUGGUACACACCUAUGAACCUAGCAUUCUCGGAGGCAAGUUCAAGGUCAUCCUCAGACACUGAGGGAACUCCAGGCUAGCCUGGGAUACACGAGACCCUUCCUCAAAAUCAACUAACUUAAAUAAAGGUCUUCAGCCCCCGG